AUGAACUACGGGCCCUCGGACAGCAGCGGAACUGAUGAUGACCUUCCACCACCAUAUCCGAAUAAUCCGAAUAAUAGGAGUAUACGAGGCAGCGGGCGUGCCAGUGGUAAUGGCAGAGCUAUUGUUCCUGUCAGUGGUAAUGGAAGGGCCAUUGCUCCUGCCAGCUCGUACCCUAGAGCCCAGACCGAUAUGGAAACACAAAUUCAACAGCUUGAGCAAGAAGCGUAUUGUGCAGUUCUGCGUGCUUUUAAAGCUCAGUCUGAUGCCCUCACAUGGGAGAAGGAGGGUCUGAUUACCGAACUUAGGAAGGAGCUAAGGGUAUCCGACAAAGAACACAGGGAGGUGCUAAACAGGGUCAAUGGUGAUGAUAUUAUCCGCAGCAUAAGGGAAUGGAGAUCAACAGGAGGCCUUCAGGCAAGCUUACCCAAUAAUCCUCAGCCUAUACAUCAUGACCCGGCGCCUAGCCCUACCACCUCUGGCCGUAAAAGGCAAAAGACAUCUCAAUCCGUUCCUCCCCUACCUGUACCGUCUCCUCCUGUUAUGCAUCCACAGCAGAUGGCUACACCAACACAACCUUCAUCUUCAGCAGCUAAAAAGGGAUUUCUGCCAGGCACUAAAGGCAAAAAGACAAAACCAGGCCAGAAGAUACCAGGGGGCUCUGCAGUCAAAUCUAUGCCACCUUCAGCAGGUCCCAGCGGAAGGGGACCACAUAUGAACAGAAACUUUCCUGGUCGCCCUGCUGCUCCUGAACCUUCUCAAGGACAGCAUCAUCUUAAUCCUUUAAUUGGUCGUAAAGUCAUGUCUCGGUGGCCUGAAGAUAAUAAUUUCUAUGAAGCCACUAUAACUGAUUACAAUGCGGAAAAGGACGUUUAUGCGCUAGUUUAUGACAUAAAUACAGCUAAUGAGACCUGGGAGUGGGUUGAUUUUAAAGAGAUAAAACCAGAAGACAUAAUCUGGCAAGGCGAGGACCCAGGAUUAUAUCAAGGAGGUCGUGGUGCUCCAGGUAGCGGGGGUAAGAAGUCAACUAGCCGUGUUAUGCCCACACCAGGUACAGGUAGGGGGAGAGGAUUCCAAAAGAAUGUGUCGAAGAAAGACUUUCCACGUUCGCAAAAUGGCGUUGGGAAGAGAAGUUCUGAUGACAUUGAUAUACUUCACACUGAAAGCCUGAUAAAAGAGGUGGAGAGGGUCUUCAGUGUUAGUCAUCCUGAUCCUUUGGAGGUAGACAAGGCAAAGAAAGCGCUGAAGGAGCAAGAACAGUCGUUGAUUGAUGCGAUAGCAAGGCUUGCUGAGGCAUCUGAUGGCGAAAGUGAUGAGCAGAACCGUGGCCGAAGGAUGGGGCCAUAUGGUGGGCACCCGCAUCAAGCAAACUAUGCGGAUGCCAUGGGUGUUGAUGGCGACCACAUGGUCGGAGGCGCUGCCACAUAA